AUGAAGUGGAGAAGAACGACCGCACUCAUCACGGCGCUCAUCGCGAGCACGAGAUGCAUCGAGACGUACGCCGCGUCGUCAAGUAGAAGACUCUUGGUGGAUGGAGAGUUCGAGUCUAUCGGAAACCCGCCGAUGCCGGUGCAGAUGCCGGUGCCGAUGCCGGCGAGAGACUUUUCAACGCUCGGGCGCGCCGUGACGAAACAUUUACCCGCGCCGUUUUGGACCAAGGACGCCGAGGGGCGGUACACGGGUGUCAACGAUUACUUUACGCGAGUGUUUGGAUUCGAUGUCGCGGGUGCUGUGAUCGGAAAGACGGACGAAGAGCUCGUUGAAGCGGCCACAGUGGAUCUCUUGAUCGAUGAAUUCGACGGCGUGCUGCCGAACGAGACGUUCAAGUCCAUUUGGGGACGUUUGCGCGAUAACGAUAUCAUUGUUCAAGAGUCUGGAGAGCCCACACGAUUUCUCGAGCGCAUCUUCCUUCGAGACGAAAAGCGCGUCAUCCCCGUGAACGCCAUCAAGGCACCGUACAUGGGCGGUACCGUUGGAAUCGCGGUGUUUGGGCAUUUGGACGAAGGUGGUAUCACGCUCGAUCUCGUUCGCGACGACGAUGAGAUGUCCAUCGGUACGAGCGAUGACACGGAUGCCGAAGCCGUCCGCAUCGAAUCCCUCGGACGAGCCGCCGUCCAAGGCGGCGCCUUCUUACUCUGGACGAAGGAUGCCAACGGACGGUACACCGCGUUGAAUGACUUUUACCUCGAUUACGUGGGCGCCGACGACGAAUCGGACGUUCUGGGCAAGACAGAUCUCGACAUUGUCGCCGUCGCAGCGCCGGAUGGCAUCGACGACUAUGAGGGUCUCCUCCCUGGAGAAACCUCGACCUCCAUCGCGAAUUCUUGGUCCGAAGACGAUCUCCGGGUCAUUGAAUCGAACGAAACACUUCGCGUGAUCGAGCGCGAUUUCAACGACGGACGCGUCUUCGAUGUCAUCUCGAUCAAGGCUCCCUUCGCCGGCGGCACCGUCGGCGUCGCCAUCCCAGUCUACGCCUCGGACGCCUCAGACGUCGUCAACGCCGUCGACGUCGACGCGUGA